CUUCCUCACACACCUGCAGUUAUUUUCAGGCAUUAAAAAGUGGAGUCUAAACAGGAGCUGCACAGGUGUGGUGGCACAAUGAGUAAGAAAGAUAAAAACAUUGCCAAAGGUGCCAUGUUCUACAAACCAGUUGGAGAAGCCAAGGAAAUCAGAGCUGGAUAUCUGUUCAAGUCUCCUCCUUCCAGAGGCCUAAAAACUGAGAAAUCAUGGAAGAAGCGCUAUUUCAUUUUAUUUAAAAUCAGUGAAAGUGACUACCAGCUCAAGUACUUCAGAUGUCCAGAAGAGAAGGACCGGCCACUUGGAGGAAUUGACCUAUCACAAAUUUCGCUUCUCAAUUUGAGUCCACAAACGCAUUCAAAAUGGCCCUGGGUCCAAAAGAAUUUCAAGUGCUCCCCAUCCCUUGUGCUUUACCUCCGAGCUGCAGAUCGGGAUUACUUUUUAAUUGGGGAAAACAGUGAAGAGGUGGACGGCUGGUUCACUGAUAUGUAUGAAGCCCUCAAGAACAAACCACACAAGUUUCUCAGUUCAGACGAAAUAUCAAAUGGACAGCAAUUCAUAGAGGUUAUUACAAAUCCCAUAUUGAGGAAAAAGAAUACAACCCCUGUGAAUGAACAGCAUGCAAUGAAGUAUCGUUCCAUGUCUGACCCACCCUCGCUCACAAAAGAAGACUUGAUUGAAAAAUCAAAGAUGGAUGAUCCCAGAGGGAGACGAUUAUCAGAGCCUGUGCAUCCGCUGUAUGACUAUCCAAAGCCCUACAUUAACCCUUUCAGAGUCCACAAUAAUGAAGCGAAUGCAGAAGGACUUUAUGAGGAUAUGGUGGAGAUUAAGAAAGGCGAUCAAGGCUCCCAGGCACUGGAUAAAGAAGUAGAAGAAGCUACUGGCACUUUGACCAAGUUCAGCCUGACUGAUAGGCUCAAGCCUCAGUUUUCACCACUGCCUUCGUUCUGUGAGGAGGCAAAUAAGGACGGGGAGCACACACGACCAUUAUCAGACUGUAGCACCAGCUCCAGUGACAAUGGAGCCAUGUCGCCAGAGGCCCUGUCACCAGGUGCAAUGUCGCCAGGUGCAAUGUCUCCAGGUGCAGUGUCGCCAGGUGCAGUGUCGCCAGGUGCUAUGUCGCCAGUGAAAAUGUUGGAGAAACCAAGGAGACAAAGCUCUACAGAAUGCCUUGAGCCCAUCAGCCCACACGAAAGGGAUAUAGACGUUAAACAGGCUGAUCUGAAGAAGCAUCUGAAACUAACAGAGGUGGACGACAAGCCCAGUGUGUCCAGCUGGACGGGCCAGCCUGCAUGCCUGUUCCUUAAAGGGGACCAGAUUUUGGCUUUAAACGACUUACACAUCAGCAACAUCCAGGAGUACACCAUGUUGAUCAAUAAAUCGCUCAAGAAUGAGGUGAAACUCACCAUCCUGCGUCUGCCUGGUGGCCAGGUGCUCCACUCUCCCAACUGCCUCUGCAACAAUGAACCAGAACCAACCAGUAACUACAUUCUUGGGUGAUAAAAUGUGCUUUUGCCUCAAAAAGGCAACCACACACUCAGUCAGAAAGUCUUGUGUAGUUAAUGCUAAAGCUAUUUAUUUCAAGUCUGUGUCAGCUUUCCUACACAAUGAAUCAAACUGAAAAAAAAAAAAAAAAAAAAUGAUUCCUGUAACAAUGGUUUUUUGUCACAUUAUAGUCCCUUUAUUCAGGUUCACAUCUGAUUAGAGAGUUAUAAUGAAGAGCAGUUACAGCAGCACUGCCAAAGACGUCAGCAGCUGAUUAGAAUCCAGUUUGUUCAGUUGUUACACUUGUGAAAUCUGUCAUGAUGGACAAGUGACGCCUUCACAUGUCUUUGAGAAAACUCAGAAUUGCUGUAAUUAUACAGUAUACUUCCUGUAUUUUACAGCAUCAACAUAUAUUACAAAUUAUUUAUCCUUAGCAGCGUAGUGUGGUACCAGCUAUUUUGGUAACUUUAUGGGACCAUCUGUGACUAAUGCAUAAAAUGAAAUAUGUAGUAAAAAAAAAAAAAGUAUUUAUUAAAUAAUGAACAGAUCCGAUAUUCGAUAACACCUGAACAAGCUAGUGUACAGUGUCCACUAUCAACUGAAACUGUAGUAAGUAUAUUUUUCUUUUUCCCUGUACAGUCAGUGCUACUCAUUUGUAAAUAUGUGCUUUAAUAAUAUUUAAAUAUUUCACUAACUAUAUACAACACUGUGCAUGUACAUUUGCAGAAUGCUUCUUCAUUCAGGCUCCAAAUCAGAGUUUUGAGACAGAUGGGGGAUAUAAAACCUG